GUAAAACAAACCUACGCAUUUAUGAUAUUGCAUUCCAUUCCAGAAUUUCAUUGAUCAAGUAAUAAAAAAAUAGACUUGUUCAAAACAUAAAAGUUGUAAAUUUGUGUGUAGAAUUUGCAUGAAAAAAUGGGUGACCCCAUUUUCCAAUCAUUCCUUCUCAUCGUUUCACUCCCCCUCUGCCUUUUCACCAUCGUGGGGAACUUAUUCGUUCUUUUCGGCUACAUUUUCCACGCCCCCCUUCGCACCCCGGCGAACGCGUACCUCGUCUCGCUCGCCAUCGCGGACCUGAUCACGGGCCUGGUCGUGUUUCCCCCCACGAUUCACUACUCCUUCGUGCAAACGUGGAUGUGGGGGCUGCCCACGUGUCGGAUCUGGCUGGUUUUCACGUUCGCCAUGUUUUCCGUGACGGGGCUGCAUCUCGUCGCGAUUGCGGUGGAUCGGUACCGAACCGUGUCGGAGGGGGUCUCGUACAUUCAGCGGAGGUCGAUGCGGUCCGUCGGGGAGAAGUUGGGGCUCAUUUGGAUUAUCGGGUUUUGGGUGACGAUUCCUGUUAUCCUGGAUUGGGAGAAUAUCGUGGUGGAUCCGAGGGCGGAGGUGCACUGUGUGACGAAGAAGGUUCCUUAUUGGGUGGCGCACUUUUGUGGGGGGGCGUUUGUCCUGCCGGCAGUGUUGAUUGGGAGGAUUUAUUACAAGGUUUAUGGAGAGAUUAAGGAGAGGAAUAAGGAGAGGGGGAAGUUGGAGGGGAGGGAACUGACGGGAGUGACGGAGUCGUCGUCAGAUGGGGUCGAUGGUGGGGGGGUUGAUGCAGGAAAAAGGCAUCGUCCUAUCAAAGUCACUGCCGACGACGUGACGAGGAAAACAACUCUCCUGGCACGAGAGCGACGAACGGCUGUCACGUUACUCAUAAUUUCAGGAGCAUUCAUAUUCUGCUGGUUGCCAUGGAAUGCGUUAACCGUAUUCGACGCAAUUACCGGAGUCAUACCGGCCCCUUAUUUGUUCACGUUUUCAGGGAUUUUCGGCCUGGGAAAUUCCUGCAUUAAUCCAAUGGUUUAUGCGGCAAGAAUGCCAGAGUUUAGGACAGUUUUUAAGAAAAUGUUAAGAAUAAAGUGAUUGUUCACGCUGUAAUUAAGUAAUCACGUAAACUUUAACGUCGCAAAAUGAAAUUGAAAUAUUAUAUUUAUCUAAUUUUGUUUAAUGCGUAAAAAAAUUACAUUUAAUUUAAUUUAAUUUCGUUAAAUUUACAUUAAACGAAAUUGGUAUCCGAGAAAAUUCAUGUAUUUAAGUCAUGUCGCGUGUCCAAAAAUCCGUGUGGAUAGGAGCCCAGGAAAUGUUUAAGGUUACCAAUGAUUGCAUUUUAAUUAUCAUUUUUAUGCACGUUUUUCCAAGACAAGAUGUAAAUUUAUGUACACGAGGCAAGUAUGUUACGAUAAAAUCGAUUAAUCCAGUAAGUUUUAACCAGGCCCCGUUUUAGCUAUAGGCGAGCCAGGCAACCGCCUAGGGCGCCAGAUUUUUGGGGGGCGCCGGCAGGCGCUCCUCUACACUAGAUAAAACCAAGUUGGCGGAAUUUAUAAUUUGUCGUGGAUGAGAACAUACAAAAGACUGACUUUCACUGGAAUCUCUGGUACAAAAUUAGAUUUGUACGUAUUUUUCAGCUUGAAAAUCCACCCAGAUAAACUUGCAAUUUCCUCGAAACACUUAAAAUGCAGAAGUGCAAGGUGGUUCUGAUUAUCCGAGAUUUUGGCCGGGUACAAUUUUCAGCUGGUCACGCUCAGAAAUAUGUAAGCGUACCUGUUUAUUUGCGUUGAUUUAAAUUUUAUUGUUUUGGCGUUUGGCAGAAUUUUAAAUAAAUUUUCAGCCAAAACUUGCAUGUUAUAAAACUCGUUAAGCUUUCUAAUAUUAACCCGAUUUAAAAAUUUAGGCACAAUUUUUGAUCAGAAUUACUUAAAUUAUCAACAUCCAUUUUUUUACUUUUAAUUAUCAAAAAACUAACAUUUUGCGGUUUACUAAUCCUAAGAUUCAAGAAUAUUCGUAGUAUGAAGAUUUCAAAUUUUGAAAGUUCUGAAAAAUCAUUUUUAUAAUUUCAAGGAAAUGAUUAACUGAGCAAAAAUAUCGCUUGAUAUUUUAAAACGGGAAAAAUUCGAAAAAUAAUAGCAAUUUGAAAAAUUCAUAUUUGGGAUGAAUUUA